GUUUACAGGCGCUUUCGCUUUCGUAAGUUGAAUAUAAAAAAAGCAAGGAAAUUAAUAAAAUAGAGAGGAUAAGUCAAAGAGGCACAGACAUAAAAAAUAGAUCAUUCUACGACAAAUUUUUGGAUAAGGACAGUGUACAAAUAAGUUUUACCUAAAACUGUUUGUCGAUUUCAGCAAUCGUAAGUCCUAAAUUCUUCCGAAUUUCUUCAAGUUCUUGAAGAGCGUUCAAAGAAUCCUCCUUGAAAGGAAAUGAGUCGCAAGUUUGGGAAAGAAGUCGACUAUCAUGAUCUAAGGCUGAAACCAUGGUUGGCAAACGAGGUAAAUUCCCACAUAUUUGCUGGAUUUGAUUAUUCAAUACAGAAAGGUUAUUGUUCAAGGUUGACUGAAACUGAUUGAGUAAUUGCUGCGACGAAGUUGCCAACUGUUGAGGUGUCCCUUGCUUGGGGAGAAUUGCGUUUAGCUUUUCUAUAGGAUUUGUAAAAGAUGAAGGAUGAAACUCAUCUAUCCAAUUCUUCUCCUGAUCCAUUUAAUGCAACAAACUUUCAAAACACUGUCAAAAGAAACAAGGGAAAGAGGUAUUGUCAGUUCUUUUACAGGACGAAGCGUUAUAAAACGAUAAAGGAGAAAGUGAAAUAAAACAAAAUCUUCCUCAAAAGCGUCCGAAUACGAACGAAUCCUGUUUAUUACGAUGCUUCUUUGGCUGGUUCUUACUCUUGUACUCUUGCUCUUCACUGCGUUAAUCAACAAGCAUUGCAUUCAGUCAAAGAAGGAAGAAAAAAGCUGUACUAGAACGACUUGGUAACCAAAUCUAAAUAAUUUUCUUUUACUACCUAUUUUUUUUUUUUUUUUCCUACAUUUUUUUCAAUCUCCUACCUUUUCCUAAAUUGUGACAUCGUCGUUAACUAGUGUAAAAUCUUUAUAACGAAAUUAAUAUUUGAAACACUCAAUUUCUGAAGAACAAACUCAACACCUUUGGAAGCAACUAUACUAUGUCUGCAGAAGAGCCUAGAAAAAGACUUCGUACGGAGGAGUAUUCGAACCAGACAGAAAUAGAGGCUUACAGUGAAAAGGCCAAAGGAGCCAAAGAAGUCAAUGAUGUCGAGAAUGCUGAAAACCAAAGGUUCUACAUGACUGAAGAAGAUGCCGGAAUUGAAACUUUCUUAGAUUCGGGACUUCCUGCUAUAGAUGGGAUUUUAAAAGCGCGCUUUACAGACUUUAUGGUACACGAAGUGGACGUAGAAGGGAAAGUUAUUACUUUGACAGAUAUGGAAUCUCAUGACCCUUUGCCGGAGGUAGAAGCAUCUUCAUCGGCCAAGGAGGAUAAAAUUGAGAAACAGUCCGUCGUUCCCCAUUCAGAUGUAACUUUAGAAGAACAAGGACAGGCGGCUACUCCUGCUGAUUCAAUUCCUUUACCUUCAGAGCUUUCAGAAUGCAUUCCUCAAGAUGCGGCUUCUCAGUUUUUUAGUUGUCUUCAAGAUCUCUCAAUUGGUAAAUCAAACGAAACUGCAGUGCUAGAAUCAUCUCAGUUUUCUACUCCGCUCGACAAGACGAAACGCACGCUUCUGCAUCAACUCAUUCGCAAACACUUUUCUGGGUUGGAAUCAACCACCACUAAAGAUGGUUCUUUUCAAGUUCAUAAGUCUACGCGUAGCAAUCAACCUAGACCAAAGAGAGAUGCUCGACUUAGCUGGAAGGCCUUGGGAGGUGAAUAUUGUUAUUUUCAUUUGUACAAAGAAAACCGUGAUUCUAUGGAUUGCCUAGGAAAAAUUGCUCGUCUUCUGAAAAUCCCUACGAAACUGCUUUCUAUUGCAGGUACAAAAGAUAGAAGGGGUAUUACUUGUCAGCGCGCUGCCGUCCGUCAUGUUCGUGCUUCUCGUCUUGCCCAACUAAACGCUGGUUCUCUUUCCAACUCAACAUACGGUUUCCUUUUGGGUAACUACUCUUACGGAAACUCUCCACUAAAACUCGGUGAUUUGCAAGGUAAUGAAUUCCAAGUGGUCUUGCGUGAUGUUUCAACCCCAGAAGACAAAAUCGAGCUUUGUAUGUCUUCCAUCAAGGAACAUGGUUUCAUCAACUAUUUCGGUCUCCAAAGAUUUGGCACAUCUUCGGUGGGAACACACACCAUCGGAAUUGCCCUACUGCAAUCUGAUUGGAAAAAAGCUGUAGAACUCAUUCUUUCUCCUCGUCCUGAGCAUACAGGUCCCGUUCGUGAAGCUAUGAAUAUCUGGCAUACUACUCAUGAUCCGGAUGCCACUUUGAAAAUUCUUCCCCGUCGCCUUAUCGCCGAGACUAGCAUUUUGGAAACCUGGUUACGAAGUGGAAACCAAAAUGAUUUCUUGGGAGCUUUUCAAAGAAUUCCGAGACACUUGCGUAGUAUCUAUCCACAUGCUUACCAAUCAUAUGUUUGGAAUAAGGUAGUUUCUUGGCGUAUUAAGCAGUUAGGCGACAAACCAGUUGCCGGUGAUUUAGUAUUGGAAUCUCCCACAGGAAAUCAAUCUAAUGAUAAUAUUCCUGUUGAUCCUGAAGCGCCAGAUGUUGUUGAAGAUAUUCCUCAAACUUCUAAGCCUAUUGCAAGACAUUUGAAAGAGGAAGAGUUAGGAAACUACACAAUUUAUGACAUUGUUUUACCACUACCCGGACGUAAUAUUUUAUAUCCUAAUAAUUCAACCUUUGAUGCGUACAAGAGGAUUAUGAGUGAACAUUCACUUGAUCCAUGCCAGAUGGCUCGAAAAGACAGGGAGCUUUCUUUACCAGGUGAUUAUCGCAAAUUAGUGGUUCGCCCUAAGGGUAUGGAAUGGUAUACUAUAAAGUAUGACUCUUUAGAACAGCAAAUUACAACUACCGACAAAGAUGUUUUGGAGAAUAAAGCUCCCGUUACUACUGACGACGGAAAAUACAGGGCUUUGGUAUUGAAGUUUCAAUUACCUUCCUCCUCAUAUGCGACUAUGGCCUUGCGUGAAGCAACUCGCAGUGCUACAUCUAGCGGUGAUCAGCGUUUUCUUAUGACAAAUCUACGUGAUUCGUCGUCUUAAAUGUAAAACCAAAAAGGGGAAAUAAGUUAAUUUUUGGUCUAAGGGUUCAGGUUAUUACAGGACGUUAUUAGUUUUACUUAAUACAUUUAGGUUAA